GGUCUUUGCUCUAUGACCUGAAGCAAAGUCAGCUGGAUGGCCUUGAGCUGUUCCACUGUACAGGUGAAAUGGUUUGGCCCCCACUGACUUGGCUUGGAGCCACCACCACCACCAUGUCCGUGACUCUGCUCAGCCUGGCCAGGGUGUAAGGAGGAGCUAGAGACUUCUUUUUAUAGCAAUGGACCUUUGAGAGAGCUCUGCUCACUUGGACUUUUGGGUUCUCUCUCUUUUUGGCUUGGCUUCAUAGAAGGAGAUCCAGGGUGGUAACAUUAAAUGGUAACUGCACUUCUCUUGGUCUAUGCACCCAUAAAUUUUUUCAAUCAUCCAGGAGGGAGGCAAUGCAAGAUUCUUCUACCAGCUUUCCAAGCGAAGUGGUUGUAUGUUGAGUAGUCGGAAAGAGCUCACGUCCCUGAUGCCCACAAACGGCUGUUCCCCAUCACUCCAGCUCCUGAUGCUCGGCGACUCCCAGCUUCCCCUAGGGUGGCACUUCCGCUGGCUCUUCUGCUCCCAGUCACGAGUUGUCCCCCAGGGCUCCUCCCCUUUGCCAGCUGAUUGGGCAGCUCCCGUCUUCUGAUUGGCUGUUCUUUUUGUGGCUCACCAACCCAACCGGAUAUAGAAGCAGGGUUUCCGCUUCCACCUUCUCCCUCUUCUCGCUCGUCCUCCCGUAGCAGCCGCCAGCACAGUGUCGGCUGCUGGGCGGGGUGUCGGCGGAUCGGUCGGUUGGUUUCGGCUUCGGCGUCGCUGCGGUUGAGUUGGGCUGUCAUGGCUGAGUUGGAUCCAUUCGGCGCUCCCGCCGGUGCGCCCGGUGGCCCCGCUCUAGGAAACGGGGUGGCGGGCGCCGGCGAGGAAGACCCGGCCGCGGCCUUCUUGGCGCAGCAAGAGAGUGAGAUUGCGGGCAUCGAGAACGACGAGGCCUUCGCCAUCCUGGACGGCGGCGCCCCCGGGCCGCAGGCACACGGCGAGCCGCCGGGAGGUCCGGAUGCUGUUGACGGAGUGAUGAAUGGUGAAUACUACCAGGAGAGCAAUGGUCCAACAGACAGUUACGCAGCCAUUUCAGAAGUGGAUCGAUUGCAAUCAGAGCCUGAAAGUAUCCGUAAGUGGAGAGAAGAGCAAACAGAGCGCCUGGAAGCCCUCGAUGCCAAUUCUCGGAAGCAAGAAGCGGAGUGGAAAGAAAAGGCGAUAAAGGAGCUGGAAGAGUGGUACGCGAGGCAGGAUGAGCAGCUACAGAAGACAAAGGCAAACAACAGGGCAGCAGAAGAAGCCUUUGUAAACGACAUUGACGAGUCAUCCCCGGGCACUGAGUGGGAGCGGGUGGCCCGCCUGUGUGACUUUAACCCCAAGUCCAGCAAACAGGCCAAAGAUGUCUCUCGCAUGCGCUCAGUCCUCAUCUCCCUGAAGCAGGCCCCCCUGGUGCACUGAAGAGCCACCCUGUGGAAACACUACGUCUACAAUAUCUUAAUCCUACUCAGUGAAGCUGUUCACGUAAUUGGAUUAAUUAUGUUGAGUUCUUUUGGACCAAACCUUUUGUCUUUAGAGUUGAUCAUUGUUUGUGAUUGCAUGUUUCCUUCAACUGUGUUCUCCCUGGCAUUCAGAGACGAGAGAGGAAGAGGAAGGGAGAGAAGCUCCCGACAGUAGCCUCAACCUGUGCUUUUGUGCAUUAUUCUGAGAAUAAAUUUCUGUUUCAAACAAUGUA